CCUUUUCAUAGUCAAUCAUAAAAUAUAACCAGUGGUAUAAUUAUUUGAGUAAGCAAGAUUUAGUCUAUUGACAGUUACUGAAGCAUCAAAGUAUUAUAAAAAUAAAUUCUGUUGACAUUUAUAAUUUCUGUUUUAAUUAAAAAAUUGAUUGUAUACAUCAUGACUUUUAACGGUGUUAAUGCGCUUUUGGAUCAUGAUUACUUACAAAUGCAAAAUUAUACCAAUCAUGAAGUGAUUGAGAUUGGAGCGACCGGUGACAAUGUUCAGUUUUGGCCAAAGGGUGAACAGCCACAAUCAUAUAGUUUGAUACCAGGUGUUCAUCAAAAUCAAUAUAUUAUUAGAGACAACCUUGGAUUUCUUUACUUUAAAAGUAAAAAAACAGAAGAAAAAGUAUACUUAAAAUGUGAAGAAAUCACAAGUAAAUGCCCAGCAACUGGAUCAAUUUCUUCUAAUCCAAAUAAUAAACAUUUUCAACUACGGAGGUUACAUAACCAUGAAGUGCGACCAUCAAAUAUAGAAAUGAGGAAACUCCGAAGUUCAAUUGGACAUCAAUGUGUUCAACAAAUUGGAUAA